UUCAGUACGCGUGUGUCACUGAAAUUCUUUCUUCCUUUUCUCUUUUAUCCGGAACACCAUGAUUAACGAUUGAAAUAUAAUAAUGAAAAAUAAUACUUAAACAAUUAAUGCAUCUAAUGUUUACUGUGAAAUUUAUAGUUCUCACCGUCGCGUUUGCUACGCAAUGCGUGUACGCCAAAUCGCAAAAUGAAUAUGGUUAUUUCAACGAGAAAUUCUGUGUACUUGCGUGGAUCACCUACCUGAAGCGACUCUCGUUAAUCGCGUUAACGUUGUGUGGCAUCGUUUUGUAUUACGUGCCCAAGUCACGUUCAUAUGCUCGAAGAGAAUGUUGCAUCUUAAUAGAUACUGUUGCAAAUGGAUUAAAGUUUGUUUUAAAUAUAGACGAAAUUGAACAUGAGAAGAUAAAAGAGAAAUAUGAAAAUGAAAAUAAAGAGCUAAGAAUACAAGAAGUAUAUCGAAAAAUAUAUAAAGAAGAUACAAGAAAUGUUCAAAAAUACAUUAACAAAACGAACUUGGACAACGAUAAUCAUAAAUCAAUAAAAAAACACAAAAGUAAAAAAUUUCGUGCAAAGCACACUAUCGAUAAAAAGCAUGAACGUCAUCGACAUAAUCGCCAUCAUCAAAAUGCGAUCAACAAUAUGUUGCCGGAAUCAAAUGCAAUGAUAACUGCCAACAGCCCACAACAGAUAACGAUAAUCGAUGAGAAAUGCAAAAAAGGCAAUAUGGCAAUCCUACAAGAUACUGCUUUGAAAACAAGAAUUACAACGUGCACGAUGCCAGCGGAUAAGUUAAAAAAUAAUACUGAUUCUCGGCAAGAAAAUUCUUUAAAGAAGGCAGAUUCCAGCAUGAUUUCAGAAAUUAUUAAUAAAAAUAACACCAAGAAAUUCAAAACUCCAUCCCAAAAACAACAGAAUAUGAGCAACGUCAAUAUUAAUGUAAAAAAGGAAAAUAAACAAAAUUUUGAUUGUAUGAAGCACGAGAAAGUUACAGUUCUUUCUCAACGUCAGUCGAAUAAAGAUUUCGUGACAAUGAUUAUAAACAAGCAAAUGGAUUUUUGUUAUGAAAAACUGUUCACAAAACGACAUGAUAAAUUUCAAACAAAAAGUUUUACUCAUGAUUGUUAUGAAAAUUCAUCGAUUACAAAUCGGGUUAAACCAGUCCUGCUGCGAGUGGUAAACUGGUUUUUUGGUGGUUGCCCAGAAGCAUCAAAACGACACCGAGAACAGAUCGACGAAGUCGGAAAGGAAGAAAUUUUCGAAUCUACCAACACGUGGCUCCUCUAAAUGAACGAAGUACCCGCAGUAGUAAAAUGCAAAGCUGUCGAUAAACGCAGAGAUCUAUAUCUUUAUCUUAAUGUAAUAUGGAGAUAAUUCUAAAGUUAUAAUAAAU